AUGCCCCGCACCAGUUUCUCUCGCAAUCCCCUGCUCAGGGUCUCGCGGCCUGUGUCGGCAUGCUCGCGAUGCCGCGCCGCCAAGGUCAAGUGUGACGGCAAGCUGCCAGCCUGCACAGCCUGCGAAAAGGCCGGCCGCGAGAAUGAGUGCUCAGCCGCCAACGACCAGUUUGCCAGGGGCAAGGAGCGGAGUUAUGUCGCUGCGCUCGAGUUGCGCAUCGAAAAGCUCGAGAGGCGCCUGCAAUAUGCCAAAUCACGAAAGGCAUCCGUUGCUCUCCAUGAGCCAGACGCCUCGGUAAUGACCCAAGUCGACCGCAGGGAUUCGCUUGCCUCGAUCCGCGCAGCCAUCCAUCGCAAGGCCGCCAGGACCCGCGAGAACCAUGACGUCAACUCCCUCGUCUCCGAUUUUGGCUUCUUGUCCGUCGACGCCACGUCUCGCGACUUCGAGCCCUCUGCCAGCAACGUGACUUUUGCGAGGCUCGUCCUGGCCGCCACAACAAACGACAGCAUUCCGGGUCCGGCCCCUCCGGGUUUGCCCCCUAGGCCCGUUGCCCAUACCAUUGUGCAGUACUUCAUGACCAACAUCUACUCCCUCUUUCCCUGCUUCUCCGAGACGACGCUCUUGACCAUUCUCGACGACGUGUAUCGCCAAGAUGACCGCGUCGUCAAGGACGCGGGCUACUGGCUUCUGUACAUGGUCCUCGCAAUUGGCUCGACGGCACAAAGCCAGAGGAUCAACGACGACUUCUACGCCCAGGGAGUCAACUUUGUCUCCAAAGCCUUGCCCUACGCCGACAGGGCUCUUGCCCCUGGAUACGUCACCCAGAUCCAGUCCAUUCUGCUCUUGACCCUCUAUUCCAUGUUCGACCCCUCGCACUUUGACAGCUGGCACCUGAUUGGCUUCACGGCGCGGGCGGUCGUGGACCUGGGCUUCCACCAGGAACCCCCACAGGCGUCGGGAUCCGACAAGUCUGCCUUGGACAUGCGGCGCAAGAUAUUCUACUGCGCGUACGCUCUCGAUCGUGCCAUCAGCAUGGCCCACGCGCGGACCUUCUCCUUCACCGACGAUGCCGUCAACGUGGCGUUUCCCAUCGCUUCGAGCGCCGGUCGGAAGCAGUCGAUGCCGGGGCCAAUCGCAGGUCCGCAAUCCGCAGAUCCGGCCCUCCUCCUCUUCCAACUACGGCGAGCGCAGUCUUUUUGGUACCAGGAGCUGUACCAGUCGGAUCGGACUCCGCUCCCGAACUCAUCGUCGUUUCUCUGGCAGAUGUGCAUGGAAAUGCGCGAGUGGGGGGAGUCGCUCCCCGCUGCUCUGCCGGCGGGAAUACGGCGCAUGUUCGAGCAAGAGCUGUGGUACAGCUACGUCUACUGCAUCGCUCCGUCGGCUCGGGCUCCGCAGAUCACCGACUACAGCCGGACCCUCAUCUUCGAAUACUCGCUCGCCUACCUCAGCAGCAUGCACGACACGGCGCGCGGCGGGCUCAAUGCUGCUUUCUAUACCUACCACGAUGCCCUAAAGGUCUACUUCAUGGCCAACCAGUUCAUCGCGGUACUCCGCGAUGCCGAGGACAUGCUCAUCUCGGGCACCCAAGUUCCGCCGCCGCCCUCUCUACCGGGUUCUGCCCCGGCUCCCAUGGUUCCGCGCCGUCAGCUGCGGCCCGGCACCCCGGUCGAGGACAACUUGGGGAGAAGCCUGUGGUGUCUCGGACGGAUCCCCGAGACUUUGGCCCUGUACGGUACGCGCUGGGAGGAUGCGCUUAUGCUCAAGCAGAGUUUCGAGCGGAUAUCGGCCGACACCAUCGAACGGCUGCAGAAGCGUCAGCAGAUGCGGAGCGUGCCCAUGCCGCAGCAUCAGAAUUCCUAUCACAAUGGGCAUCAGCAUCAGCAUCAGCAUCAGCAGACGCCGCCGCCGCCGCCGCCGACGCCGAUGGACAUGAGGUGGGCAGUGGUUGAUCCUUCACACAUGAUGCAGGUGGCGGGACGCCACUGA